ACACUUGGCUGUUCAUUCGUUUUUCUCCCAAGACGCGGAGUAGAAGUCACCAGCUUUACCGGUGCGUCUCUAACGGCGGCAGUAACGGAGCGCGUGAAUUACGCGUAACCACCAGUGUGUUGUGAUUUGCUGUCACACGGUCCGGCAAAGGUGAUCGUAAUCGGUGUGCAAUGAUCUUUGGAGAUUGCAGAAGUUAAGUGUGACUGUUUAAGUGUCUGCGUUUUUAUGUGUUUUUAGUGUCAAUUUUUGAUAAAUAGCAACGAUUGAUAGUGUGAUUUGUUUUUUUAUGUUACCGCGGGUGCCAACUGAUUGUAACAGAUUGUUAGAUAUACGGGCUAUGAGCACUUUGCAAACGUUUGACAACCCCGAACGAUCGUUAACGCUUGUGAAAAAAAUCGUACCGAAAGCAAGUGUGUGACCAGCCAGAAAAACGGUGCCAACGAAAUGGAAGCAAUCACACGUAAGCUGCCACCGAAUCCGCGUCAAAAUGCUAGCAUCGUUUCAGCGCUUACGUUCUGGUGGACGAUUGAUCUGUUCCGGAAAGGGUAUAGCAAGGUGCUGGAGCUGCAGGAUCUCUUCCGCCCGCUGGAUGUCGAUCGUUCCGAUGUGCUUGGUGAUCGGUUAGAAAAGAAAUGGUUCGAACAACAAGCCGGACCUGGCCGACCAUCGCUUGUGAAAGCAAUUUUUAAAACAUUUUGGCGUGAGUACGGCGUGCUCGGGUUCAUUACCAUCAUCAACGACAUUGUCAUCCGGCUAGCACAGCCCAUCUUUCUCGGUUGGUUACUGCUUUACUUCCGGAAGGACUCGGAAGUGAGCCGUGAAAGUGCGUUCCUGUAUGCCGGUGCGAUCGUACUGCUGAACGCGCUGAGUGUCAUCACGAUCAAUCAGUACGUGCUGGGCAGCUUCCAGAAUGGUAUGAAAGUUCGUAUAGCGGUGUGUAGUGUCAUCUACCGGAAGGCGCUACGUCUAUCGCGAACCGCCCUCGGUGAUACGGCACCCGGCAAGGUGGUUAACUUGCUGUCGAACGAUGUGAACCGUUUCGACAUCGUGUCGGUGUUUUUGCAUUCCAUGUGGUCAGCUCCACUGUUGGCGAUUGUGAUCGGGAUACUGCUGUACAUCGAGAUCGGUGUAGCCGGUCUGAUCGGUAUGGUGGUCAUCUUUAUCGUAACACCGAUCCAAUCGUACACGGGUAAGCUGACGUCCCGGUUCCGGCUGCAGACGGCGUUACGUACCGACGAGCGUAUCCGGCUGAUGGACGAAAUCAUCUCGGGCAUUCAGGUGAUCAAGAUGUACGCAUGGGAGCGACCGUUUGCGAAAUUGAUCCGACACGCGCGCCAGAUGGAGCUGAAGAUCGUACGCAAAAGUGCGUACGUGCGCGGUCUGUACAUGACGUUUCUACUGUUCACUACACGGACGGCACUAUUCUGCACGAUGAUGGCGAUGGCACUGCUCGGCGAUGAGCUGACGGCGGCACGAGUCUUUGUGAUCGCGACGUACUUUGGCAUCCUGGCAAACACGAUGUCGGCCAUGUUUGUGCGCGGUAUUGCGGAAAUUGCCGAAGCGAUGGUGGCAAUGCGACGGUUGCAGCGUUUUCUAGAGUUCGAAGAACGGGCGGAGGACAGAGCGUUGCCCGAUAGCAAAAGCCGACUGCUGGCAGAGUUUGGACUGAAUGGAGAUGCCACCGAAAAGCAACGUUUGAUUGAGUCCGAAACGCAGCUGCCACCGACCAUUGCCGUGUCGAUGAAGGGUGUGACGGCGCGGUGGGGCGCUGUCCGCAAGCAGGAGGAUUUUCCACGCAAGGGUGAAAAGCAAUCGAACGGCAGAGUGGCUGCUGCCGAAGAACCGGAUGAUGUACCGCCGACGACACUUGCCAACCUAAACAUUGACUUCCGCAAGGGACUGCUGAUCGGUGUUAUUGGACCGGUCGGUUCGGGCAAAUCUUCCCUGCUGCAGGCAAUCUUGCGUGAGCUUCCGCUGGAAACGGGAUGUGUCGUAGCGCAGGGCCGGAUGGCGUACGUGAGUCAAGAACCGUGGGUGUUUUCCGGUACCGUUCGGCAGAACAUCCUUUUUGGCCAAUCGAUGGACAAGGAACGUUACGAUGCGGUGGUACAAGCCUGUGCACUUGUAACGGACUUUGAGCAGCUGCCCGACGGUGAUCGCACGAUGAUCGGUGAACGUGGUGCUGCACUGUCCGGGGGGCAGAAAGCUCGCAUUAGCCUGGCCCGGGCCGUCUAUCGGCGGGCGGACGUAUAUUUGCUGGACGAUCCGCUAAGUGCGGUUGAUGCACACGUCGGGCGCCAUCUGUUCGAUCUGUGCAUUGGUCCACAGGGACGGCUCGGUUCGCAGCGGACGACGCGCAUACUCGUCACGCAUCAGGUGCACUUUCUGAAGGAGGCCGAUUGGGUAGUGGUGCUGAACGAGGGACAGGUGCAAGCGCAAGGUACACCACACGAUCUGUCUCAGAGUGGUAUUGAUUUCGUGGAACUGGUGGAACGUAAAGGUGAGGAUGGCAGCGAACACGACGGUACAGGCGGUGAGGGUGAUGGUGGAUCUGUAACUGAAGGCGCUGACAAACGUAGCCGACGGGAUUCACGUGCAUCGGCCCGUUCGGGUGGAUCGUCUGGAGCGCAUGCCGAACUGACGGAUGAUGAGCUGAAACGGGAAGAGCGCGAAAUGGCAGCUGAUGCACCGGUCCAGAGCAACAUGGAAGGCACCUCCAGGGGGAUGGUAGAAGGUUCGCUACUGCUCAGCUAUCUCGGAAGUGGUGCGAACGGGCUGGUUAUGUGUGGACUGUUUGCGCUUUUCCUAGCGACUCAGCUUGCUGCAAGUGGGGCAGACUAUUGGGUUGCUUUUUGGACCUCACAGGAAGAACAGCGACUUUUCCGUGCAGCACAUCAAGAUACCAUCGCGAACAGUACGGAUGCAGCCACGGAAGAGCUACGACCGUUGCUCAGUACGGAGACCUGUAUGGCCAUCCAUGGAGCACUGGUCGGAAGUAUCUUUCUCAUUGCCAUUACCAGAUCAAUUAGCUUCUACCAGACUUCGGUGCGUGCAUCACAAAAUCUGCACGAUGCCAUGUUUGCGGGUUGCGUAUCAACAACGAUGCGUUUCUACGACACCAAUCCAUCGGGCCGCAUCCUGAACCGCUUCUCCAAAGAUAUGGGCUCAGUCGAUGAGUUGCUACCAAAGGCAAUGCUGGACGCGUCUCAGAUCAUUCUCAGCCUGUGCGGUACACUGGUCGUCACCGUGAUCGUGAACCCAAUGUUUCUUAUACCGCUCGCUGUACUUGGCGUUAUCUUUUGGUUCGUGCGUCGUAUUUACCUCAAAACAUCGAAAAAUAUCAAGCGGCUGGAGGGUAUUACGAGAUCGCCCGUCUUCUCGCAUCUAUCCGCGUCGUUGGCUGGUUUGCCGACGAUACGCGCCUUCGGUGCGCAGGGUGAACUGAUCCGAGAGUUCGAUGCCCAUCAAGAUAUUCACACGGCUUCGUUCUACAUGUUCAUAACCGCCAGCACAGCGUUCGGGUUUGCGCUCGAUCUGCUCUGCCUAAUAUUUGUGUUUAUUGUCGUGUUUAGCUUUCUGCUGCUGGAACAAGACUCUUUCGGCGAUCGGGUUGGGUUGGCGAUCACGCAAGCGAUGGCCCUUACCGGUAUGAUGCAGUGGGGCAUUCGGCAGAGUGCGGAGGUGGCUAAUUUCAUGAUGUCUGUGGAACGAUUGCUAGAGUAUCGCGAUCUUUCACCGGAACGGCAACCGGAACGUCCACGUGCGCUUAAUGCUAGUUGGCCGGAAGAGGGACGAAUCGAUUUCAAGAACGUCACGUAUCGGUACUAUGAGGGAGCCUCGGCGGUAUUGCGCGAUCUGUCGUUCGAGAUUCGACCACGGGAAAAGAUCGGCAUCGUGGGCCGAACCGGUGCAGGAAAAUCGUCGUUAAUUGGAGCACUGUUCCGUUUGGCACAGAUUGAAGGAGAGAUUCAGCUCGACGGUAUCGAUACGGCGGACAUUACGCUGGAGAACCUCCGAUCGAAGGUAUCCAUUAUCCCGCAAGAUCCGGUACUCUUUUCCGGUACGUUACGUCGCAAUCUGGACCCCUUUGAAGACUAUCCGGAUGUGGAGCUGUGGGGUGCGCUGGAACAGGUAGAGCUGAAAGAGCUCGCCAAUACGCCGGCAGGUUUGCAGAUGGCGGUCGCAGCUGGUGGUUCCAACUUUAGCGUCGGCCAACGGCAGUUGAUUUGUCUCGCGCGAGCCAUUUUGCGCAACAAUCGCAUUCUGGUGCUGGAUGAAGCGACUGCCAAUGUUGAUCCAACCACUGAUCGAUUGAUCCAAGACACGAUACGGCAAAAGUUUGCUGACUGUACCGUGCUGACGAUCGCCCACCGGCUUAACACAAUCAUGGAUUCGGACCGCGUGCUAGUGAUGGAUGCGGGCCAGGCAGUGGAACUGGGUACACCGUACGAGCUGCUACAGCUACCGAUCAGCAUCUUCCGCGAUAUGGUGCUCGCAACGGGACCGGCCGAAUCGGAACGUUUGCAGGAGAUCGCGCGGCUUAAGCACGAACAAACAGCGCAUGUUCAGUGACCACUACGGGGGUGGCAAUAGUAGUAAAAAAGUGUCCUUACGUGGAGAUGGCGAUGGAACGUGGAACGUGAAUCUCGUGCGUGUUACCCUGAUGGUGGCAUACCCGAAUCCUAUUCUUUCCGCUUUACAUCCUUGUGUCCUUAUGUGUAGGUUAUUGUUGUUGUUGUUGAAUGAAAUGGCGCAAAACUAAGUACAAUCUAAGAUGUAUCGCAGGCGGAUAACACAUUCGGGUCCAAAUGGUGUAUCCCACUGCUUUCCUUUACUGAGCGGUUAGUAAUUAAGUAGACGAAAUUAACGAAAUCGAACAAAAGUAGUAACUGUUACGAGGAGAGUGUUUCUUAAAAGAAACAUUUUGUUUUAUUAUAUAACAAAUAUAGCGUGAUAACAGGAGUGACGUUAUGGAA